AUGAUGAAACCACACAUAGUCCUUCUCCCAUGUCCCGCGAUGGGUCACGUGACACCCAUGCUGCAACUUGCCAACCGCCUCGUCCUCAUCCACCACUGUCACGUGACCUUCCUCCACUUCACCGCCGAAGACGACCACCGUCCACAUUAUCUCAUGAAUCUCCCUUCUUCCGUCACCGUCCUCCCCCUCCCCCUGGCCGACAUCUCCGCCCUCACCACCUGCGACACCCCGUUAUUCUCCCGCCACUGCAUCACCGUGCGCGAAACCCUACUCCGCUCCCAACCCACACUACUCCAACACCUCCAACAAACUCCACAAGCCUUCAUCACCGAUAUGUUCUGCACCCAAGCCCUUGAAACCUGCGCCCAACUCGCCAUCCCUUCUUACAUACUCUUCACCACUUCCGCACUCUUCUUAUCCUUCUCCUUGUUCUUCCGCGACACCGCUGAUAACAACAAAGCCUCCGGCGAGUUUCUCCAACUCCCCGGCGGUUGCAAACCUCUCAUCAUCAGAACCGCUGAUCUCCCCCUCAAGUACAAUCUCGAUGAUGAAUGGUACCGUUAUCACAUCAACAGGAUGCCCAAGGCUUCUGGAAUCUUGCUCAACACUUUCGAGGAGCUCGAACCGGAACCACUUCGAGCCAUCGGAGAAAAUAGUUUCUACAAAGAGAUAGAUACGCCGCCGAUUUUCCCGAUCGGACCACUGGUGAAAGAAACCGAACCGGUUUGCGGAAGCAGAGAAGAAUGUAUUAUGAAUUGGCUUGAUAAGCAGCCUUCGGGUUCUGUAGUGCUUGUGGCGUUUGGAAGCUUCGGGAGGUUGUGUGCAGAGCAGAUCAGUGAGCUAGCGUGGGGACUGGAGCUGAGUCAGCAGCGGUUUCUAUGGGUGGCGCGUGCAGAAGAAGAGAAGGAUCUUCCGGAAGGGUUUGCUGAGAGGACACGUGGGACGGGGAUGGUGGUGGAUUCAUGGGUCCCGCAGGUGAGGGUGUUGGGGCACGUGUCAACGGGGACUUUCUUGUCGCACUGCGGGUGGAACUCGGUGAUGGAGAGCGUAUGCAACGGGGUGCCAUUGAUUGCAUGGCCACUUCACGCUGACCAGAUGAUGAAUGCCACCAUGAUAGCGGAGGAGAUUGGGGUGGCUGUGAAGGUGAAGGUGUUUGGGAGGGAGGAGAUAGGUAGAGUGGUGAGGGGUGUAAUGGAGGGUGAAGAAGGGAAGGCGGUGAAAGAGAGAGUCAAAGAGGUCAAAAAAAGUGCGUUGAAAUCGUUGGCCAAAGGUGGGUCAAGUUAUGAGGCACUUGAUUCUCUUAUGCUUCAAUGCCGGAAGCAAAUCACAUGA